CCAAAGCUGGCAUCUGCCCAUGUGUCCCUUCCGGAUAGACUAUUCACCACCAUGAAGGAUCUUCUUCAGUAUGUCGCCUGUUUCUUUGCCUUUUUCUCCACUGGAUUUUUGAUUGUGGCCACCUGGACAGACUGUUGGAUGGUGAAUGCGGAUGACUCUCUGGAGGUGAGCACAAAGUGCCGAGGCCUCUGGUGGGAGUGUGUCACAAAUGCCUUCGACGGGAUUCGCACCUGUGAUGAGUAUGACUCUAUAUAUGCAGAGCACCCCUUGAAGCUGGUGGUCACGCGAGCAUUGAUGAUUACUGCAGACAUCCUAGCUGGAUUUGGAUUUGUCACCCUGCUCCUUGGUCUUGACUGUGUGAAAUUCCUCCCUGAUGAGCCAUACAUUAAAAUGCGCAUCUGCUUUGUUGCUGGAACAACAUUACUAAUAGCAGGUGCUCCAGGAAUCAUUGGCUCUGUGUGGUAUGCUGUUGAUGUUUAUGUGGAACGUUCUUCUCUGAUUUUGCACAAUAUAUUCCUUGGUAUCCAAUAUAAAUUUGGUUGGUCCUGUUGGCUUGGAAUGGCUGGGUCUCUGGGCUGCUUUUUAGCUGGAGCUGUCCUCACCUGCUGCCUAUACCUCUUUAAAGAUGUUGGGCCUAAGAGAAACUAUCCUUAUUCCAUGAGGAAACCCUAUUCAACGACAGGUGUUUCCUUGGCCAAGUCCUAUGGGGCCCCUCGGACAGAGACUGCCAAAAUGUAUGCUGUGGACACAAGAGUGUAAAGUGCCACGUUAUCAGUCUGUUUGUGUUAUUUAAUUAAUUAAUCAAUACGUUCAAAUUAAUAAAAUA